AUGGAGCAAUUAGCAAGAGUAGGAGAAGUAGCUCGUCACUUCAGAGAGACGAAGUUGUCUACUCUGAAACCACCUCAGGAAUUCUUUGAUCAUAGACAAUUAUCUAGACCUGCUAAUAUGAACGAAGCUACUUCUCGAAUAACCUAUAACACUCGACAUUUCUCUGGGAAUUAUCUAUUGGUAAUCUUAAUCUUAGCAGCUUAUGCAAUGUUAACCAACCCACUGCUGUUGAUCGCUUUGGCAUUUUUGGCAGGUGGUUUCGCAGCUAUCAACAAGUUUGCCCCAGAACCCGUUCAAGUAGGUUCUCAAACCAUAACUCAAAAACACUUAUAUAUCGGUUUAUUCGUCAUUGGUCUUCCACUCUUAUAUAUCGCUUCUCCCAUAUCUACUUUCUUCUGGUUAGUAGGCUCAUCAGCAAUUUUGAUAUUGGGUCAUGCGAGUUUGAUGGAACCUGGGGUAGAGAGUGAGUAUCAAGGUGUAGAGGGAGUAUAG